AAAAACAAUUCGACUAAAAUGCUAUUAUUUCACAUAUAACGUUGAUUGUAAAAUGUUUGUUUACGUGCAUGGGCGUCCACAGGAGGAAGCAAGGAGGGGCACUUGCCUUUCCCUGAAAUCAAACGAGGAUAAAAAAAUUCAAAAUUGGCUCUCUUAUUUUUUUUACAAAUAAUUGAAAUAAUAAAUAUGUUUAUAAAAUAUGAGAGAGCUAAAAUACCACACAAGUACACAACGUUUGGACAUUUGCUCCUCGCGGUAUUUCGUAUUAAAAAUUUGGAUCAUGCCCCCCUUUAGAAAAAAUCCUGCGGAUGCCCUUGUUUACGUGACAAAUAAGUAUUUACAAAAUAAAUAAUUGGGACAAAUCAACAAACUGAUGAGAGUUCAUAUCGCGCGCAGUUGCAGGAAGUUUCUCUCUCAGUUGCAGAACGCGCGCAGAUAACCUUUGAGGUUAGGAUUUUUAUCUGGGAAAAUUUAUUUAUUUAUUUUUUUUCUGUCAAGUUGUCCAGAUUGCCUCUCGGAGGACUUCGUCUUUUGUAUUUUCGGAGUGGCAGGUAUCCGUCAAAGCAAGGAGGGAAACUGUUGUUUACGUGCUCCCGACAAUUUCUGGAGGAGAACGUAAUCGAUUUUCGACACACGCUUACGUUCAAUUCCCGCUCGUCGAUUCCCAGCCGCGAUCUCUGUGACCGUUUCAUUUUAUCGUGCGCCUACGAACCGCAAGAUUAUAAUUAAAGGAAGCGAUAGCAAAUUCUUAAUCUAGAUUAGUCAGCUAUCGAUAUCUCUCAAAGUACAAAAUGAUGUAACGAUAUAUCGUUAUAUUUUGAUAGCUGAUAGUACAGACUGUCAGUUUCUGUUUUAAGAGGGUAACCUUCUCAAAACAAAACAAAAAAACACAUUUGUUUAUGUCACAGUAAAAUGUAAGCAUCGAGACGCGUCCGUAUUUAUGUUCAUAUAAGUUCGCAUUCGUUUUCCACUCAAUUGAUGACAAGGAAAUGCCGGACAUAAAAGUUACCCCGCUCGGCGCCGGGCAGGACGUCGGGCGCAGUUGCAUCCUCGUCACCAUGGGCGGCAAGAACAUCAUGCUGGACUGCGGAAUGCACAUGGGAUUCAACGACGAGAGACGCUUCCCGGACUUUUCCUACAUAGUGCCGGAGGGUCCGGCGACCAAUUACAUCGACUGCGUCAUUAUCUCGCAUUUUCACUUGGACCACUGCGGCGCCCUUCCGUACUUCACAGAGAUGGUAGGCUACACCGGACCGAUUUACAUGACACAUCCGACCAAGGCUAUCGCGCCAAUCUUGCUCGAGGACAUGAGGAAGGUUGCGGUCGAGCGCAAGGGCGAGAGCAACUUCUUCACGUCGCAGAUGAUAAAGGACUGCAUGAAGAAAGUCAUCGCCGUUACGCUUCAUCAGUCCGUCAUGGUCGAUCCGGAGUUGGAGAUAAAGGCGUACUACGCCGGGCACGUUCUCGGCGCGGCGAUGUUUUGGGUUCGCGUGGGAUCGCAGUCUAUCGUGUACACGGGCGACUACAACAUGACGCCGGAUCGGCACUUGGGCGCCGCGUGGAUAGACAAGUGCAGGCCGGACUUGCUGAUCUCGGAGUCGACGUACGCGACGACGAUCAGAGAUUCGAAGAGGUGCAGGGAAAGAGAUUUUCUCAAGAAAGUACACGAAUGCAUCGACAGAGGCGGGAAGGUGUUGAUUCCCGUAUUCGCCCUCGGCCGCGCCCAAGAACUGUGCAUACUCUUGGAAACGUACUGGGAAAGAAUGAAUCUGAAAGUACCGGUUUAUUUCGCGCUUGGUUUAACCGAGAAGGCCAAUAAUUACUAUAAAAUGUUUAUCACCUGGACCAAUCAGAAAAUUAAGAAAACGUUCGUACAACGGAAUAUGUUUGACUUUAAGCACAUAAAACCGUUUGAUAAAGCGUAUAUCGAUAAUCCAGGUGCGAUGGUGGUGUUCGCCACGCCGGGCAUGUUACACGCCGGUCUCUCCCUCCAGAUCUUUAAGAAAUGGGCGCCCAACGAGUCCAACAUGGUUAUCAUGCCGGGUUUCUGCGUGCAAGGCACCGUGGGGCACAAGGUCCUGAACGGCUCGCGGAGAAUCGAGUUCGAGAAUCGGCAGAUCGUCGAGGUGAAGAUGGCCGUCGAGUACAUGUCCUUCUCCGCACACGCCGACGCGAAGGGGAUAAUGCAGUUGAUACAGUAUUGUGAGCCGAAGAACGUCAUGCUGGUGCACGGGGAGUUCGCCAAGAUGGAAUAUCUGAAGGAGAAGAUCAAGCAGGAAUUCGGCGUCAGUUGCUACAAUCCUGCGAACGGCGAAACUUGCAUUAUCACGACCACGUCCAAGGUCCCCGUGGACGCUUCCCUGGCGCUGCUGAAAGCCGAAGCGAAGAGAUACUCGGCCUUGCCGCCCGACCCGAAGAGGAGGAGGCUGCUUCACAGCGUCCUGAUGUUGAGAGAAGACGGUGUUUGUCUUAUAGAUGCGGAUGAGGUUGCAAAGGCUGUAGGAAUCACGAAACACGUGGUCAGAUUCACAUCCACCGUGCAAGUAAGAGAUCCCGGCCCAGCGCACGCUACUACCUUAAAGCUAUUGCAGCCGUUGAAAGAAAGACUGUCUGGAUGGACGGUUCAGUUGACGGACGGUUCUAUCUCGGUCGAGUCCGUUUUGGUAAAGGUGGAAGGAGAUGAGGAUGAUCAAAAAAGUGUUUACGUUUCAUGGACUAAUCAGGAUGAGGAUUUAGGUAGCUAUAUUCUUGGAUUUCUGCAGACGAUGCUGAAUUAAGGAAACGAAGAAGAUUGCUGUCGAACAAGAAAAUUUCGACCUGUGAUAACUGAAAUGUGGUUUGCAUUAUCGCUAUUGAAUGAACGAUUGUAAAUGUAGUUUUUACAAUCUUGAUAUUAAUUGAGGUAAAAAUAUAUUUUCCAACAACACAUUCUAUAUCAAACAUUGUAGAUGAGUGUACAAUAUUUUUUUAUGUUUUGGACGUUUGUAUUUACCUGAAUAGAAUAAGACAACAAAUAUAUAGAACUACAAAACAGCUAAAUGUGAAAAAUAUUGUAUCUAUCGCAUUCUUUUAGUUACCUAUACGAUGUCUAUCUUAAAAAGGAAGUGUAUUGCUCAGAAAUGUACUGUAUAUAAAUGUAGUAAUUGUUUUAUACUAUGUGUCUAAUGAAGCUACUAAAUAUCUGUAAUUUUUGGUUAUUCUUCGAGUGAAAAAUAUCCAUUGUCUUUUUUUUUAUCACCUGCAUCUUAGCAAGUCGCUAAAUAGACGUCUAACUCUUCGUUGAAACCGGCGAUACUUUGCCUUGGAAAAUUACUUCAAUUGCUCGUUGUUAAGAUGCAGGUAAUAGAGGACAAAGUCAAUUAGGAAAAUUGACUGAAAUUGCGGAAAUUUAGCUAGCUCUAUAUACGAUAUUGUGAAAACAGUUAAUAGUUAUAGUAUCUUGCCAUUAAGUGUUAUCGUUUGUAAAAUAAUGUAUAGUUUAUUGAUGAUCCAAGAUAGGUGAUUCAAGGUAAUUCAAAAUGUAAAAAAAAAAGGUAGUUAGGCCGAAGGUGUUAAUAAAUUUGAUCUGAAAGUGCAA